UCACUCCAGACCAGCCUGCAGGUCGCCCCUCUUCCUUCUUCCUGUGACUGAGCUGCAGAGAAGAGCCCACCAUGCCUGGACUUCUGCUGGGAGACGAGUUCCCCAACUUCGAGGCCGACACCACCAUCGGCAGGAUCAAGUUCCACGAUUUCCUGGGCAGCUCAUGGGGUAUCCUGUUCUCCCACCCAAAGGACUUCACCCCCGUCUGCACCACUGAGCUCGCCCGUGCCGCUAAGCUCAGCGAAGAGUUCAAGAAGCGAGAUGUAAAGAUGAUUGCCUUGUCCAUUGACAGUGUCGAGGAUCACCGCAACUGGAGCAAGGAUGUGAUGGCAGUUAGCGGUGCAGCUGAAACUCCUCUGCCAUACCCCAUCAUCGCUGAUGACAAGAGAGAGCUGUCUGUAAAGCUGGGCAUGCUGGACCCUGAUGAGAGAGACAAGGCUGGGAUGCCCCUCACUGCUCGCUGUGUCUUUGUGAUUGGCCCAGACAAGAAGCUGAAGCUGUCCAUCCUCUACCCCGCCACCACAGGGAGGAACUUCGAUGAGCUGCUCAGAGUCAUCGACUCUCUGCAGCUGACUGCGCAGAAGAAAGUUGCCACACCUGUUGACUGGAAGCCUGGUGACAAAGUCAUGGUCAUUCCCACGCUCUCUGAGGCUGAAGCUUCAGCUCUCUUCCCCAACGGUGUGACCACUAAAGAGGUGCCUUCUGGGAAAUCGUACUUGCGUUACACCCAGCCCUGAAGAUACACUUAAAGUUACAUCCUUCUCUAGUUUACUGCUCUUUGAGAAACUGAAAUCCUUGGAUGGUAAUUCACAUAUAGAACUGACCAAAACAUAGAUGCACUUGCCUGGUUUGAUGACUAGUGUCAUGCAGUAUGUCCAGCAAUGAGCCAGGAGUAUUUACAGUGUCAGUGUUCAGUGCCUUGCUUCCUUCAAUAAACACUUUUCACAAGA